AUGAAUAGCUUGCUGUACUAGAAAAGAGAAUGCUUUUCACUAAGAAUAAGAAGAAAUGAAAUAGAAAAAAUAUUUAAAGAAAAAAGAAUACCUUAAUUAUCAAAAGAAAUGAUGCUUGAUUUAAUAAAUAAUAAGGAUUAAGAAUCAAUCAAUAGACUUACAGAUGCAACUGCGGGAUCAAAAGAACAAACAUUAGAUCUGAUUCAAAUUGGAGGAAUAUAGUUUUUUUAUGAAUUAUUGUAAUCAAAAGAAAAAACUAAUGCAUUCAUUGGAUUGGGUAAUUUAUGCAGUGAGAAAUCAGUUCAAGACGAAGUAUUAGAAUUGAAGAUUAUUGAAUACAUGAUUGAAGAAGUUCAUAGAUAUAAGAAUCUUGAAGAUCUAUCUCUCAGAUUAUGGUUUUUAAGCGUGCUAGCCAAAUUUAAAAGAGAUUCUCAAAAUGGAGAAACUGAAAUAAUUUAAAGAGAACAACUUUUUAAUAUCUUUUGGAUGUACUAGAAGAAAUAUCCUGAUGUACUAAAAAUCUAAUAGGAAUGUUUUCAUGGAUUCUAUACUCUAACAAAAGUGACAUUUAUCUAAAAUGAAUUAAUGGAAUUAUGUUGUAAUAAUUUGAAUAAAGGUAUUGAUAAUAUCAUAUUAAAAAUUAUGUACUAUCUAAUCAACGACUAUGUGAAAUUUGUACAGAUUCUGCACAAAAGUCAAUUUAUUGAGUUCUGUGCAAAAUAUUUACAAAUAACUUGUAGAUAGAAAUAUACCUUAAGAAUACUAUAUUAUUAUGCUUAAUAUUAUGUAGAGACAAUAAUUUAAAAUAAAGAGAUAGUGAAUCAAAUAAUAAUUAUUUAGAACUCCUAAAAACAUUAAAAAUAAAUCAUACUUUUACAUUAUGCAAUGCUUUUCAAAUGCUAAAGUUCACAAUUCAUGGAAAUAAUAAAGGAGUUUGAAAUCAUUAAUAAUUUAAAAGUACUUUUAGAAAACUUUUAAUAUGAAUAACAAACUCUAUGUUUAUUAGCAUUAUUGAAAUAAACGAACAAAGAUAUCAUUAAGGAGUUAAUCCCAGAUUUGGAAAGAGUUUACUAGAAUAAAAAAGACAAUGAGAAGACUCUUAAGAAACUUUAAUUGAUCUUAGAUUGA